UUGCAGAGAAAAAAACACAUCUUCUCGGAGGAUGCCCUGGACCUUGAAGGAUACUACUCUGGCACUUAUGACUCUGAAAGGCCAAGAGCCCAACUGAGGCAAAUACACUUCCCCUUGUUCGGUGCUCUGGGCUUUGAAGGAUACAACCCUUACGUCCCCAAUGAUGCCUACAAACCUGCUGACAUCUAUGGUGACUUUAUCUCUGGGAGAGAAAACCUCUUCCUUUCAGGCAUCCAGGUGGGGAACUGCAAUACCCUCUGCUUGAAGAAGUCUCUGGCCCCUGCGGUUCAUUCUUGGAGCUCUUCUGAAGAGGAUUCUGGGCUCCCAAUGAAAUCAUUUCUGCUGUCAGGUCACCAUUUGACCUAUAAUAGAGCCAUCUAUGGUCUCCUGGCGUGCACCCUGGAGAGUUUAGAUGAGUCCGAGCUAAAAAAGUUCAAGGGCGAACUCUGCCAUUUCUACAUUCCGAUGGGCGAUCUCCAGGUCACCCAGGACUGGCUGCAGGAACGUGGUGCUUGGACUCUCUGCCAUCUGCUGCUCAGGCACUAUGAUGUGGAUGGUGCCGUGGAGGUGGCAGCCAAGGUGCUGAAGGCCAUCGACUGCCAGCCGCAGGCGGACAAGCUUCUCUGUGGAAGGGCAAGCAUUCCUGAGUUCUCGGUGCAAGUAUCAGAAUCCCCUCUAUUUGCAGAGAAAGGACAGUGCCGAAAGACAAGUCCUGCAAAUUCCAGUAAAAGUGUAUUUUGCUACCAGUGUCUUAGAGAGGAUCUUCCAGAGAGAAUCAUACCAGAUGUGGUUUGGGAUUCACAAAGGAACCAUGAAAUCUACAGGUUGUCCUCCCUUGAGGCUGGCUCCUUUCAGUGCUACUACACUGAUCUCAUAUUUGAGGUGGGAGCGGGUGUCACCAUAACAUACCACUUUGAUUCAUGGCACAAGCACCUGAAUGGAAGGGAUGCACAGAGGUUGUCUGUCGCUGGUCCUUUGCUCAACAUCCAAGCGGAUCCACUCGAGGCUGUGGCAGCUGUUCACUUCCCUCACUUCCUGUGCCUUGCAGAUGGGGACAGCUCUCAAGUCUACAUUGGACAUUUUGUGGAAGAGGGGAUGAGUCUAGAAAAGCCAAGCAGAGUGGGGUCACGUCAUGCUGUGUUGAGAAACCCCAAGUUCUCUUCCCGUGGAGUAGUUUUCAAAAAGCCUUGGUUUAAACGGAAGAUGAAGGUCCACUGCAUCACACUGCUCUAUCAAGUGCUUGAAGUUCCAGCUCAAAAAUUCCACCUAUACCUCCUCCCAAACGACUCUUCUCUAAGAAAGACAGUCCAUGAGAAAGAAGAGAAAUGCCCUUCGUGGAGAUUGGAUAAACCCUCUGUCAUCCUCAAGCCUCUGAGGAUUGGCUCUCGCUUCUUUGUGCAGAAGUUAGAUGAUGUCGAAAUCUGCCCCAAGGAACUGGAGCUUCAAUAUUUGCAUGCAGACAUGGAGCAGCAGUACCUUGAACUCUAUGCUGAACACAGGCAAGAUAAGUUCCACUUCAGCCUGAUAGAGAAGAAAAGGGAUGAACUCAUCUGGGAGGCCUUUGUGAGACAAGAAGAGCUGAAAUCUUCUAACCCAACAGAAGAGGCAAGCCCACCUUAUCCAAUGUCAGUCUCAUCAAAACAACAUUUCAUUGAGCAACACCGGGAAGAGCUGAUCCAGCGGACCAGCAACGUUGAAGCGGUGCUGGAUAUGCUCCUUGGCACCAUUCUGAAUAAUGAGCAGUAUGAAAUGAUCUCUUCGAGGGAACCAACCAAGAGAAAACACGGAGUGGUCCCCCUCCCCACGUGCAUCGCGCUGCGGUUGCUCAACCACCUGCUGCUUCCUGUCUCUUCCUCCCGCUUUCCCCCGGCCUUCUCCCAGCUUUGGAUCCCGGGGACAAGAAACCCCUUCCCUUCUACCACAAUAGCAUCUCGGCCGCCAAGUCUCCGCUUGCUCCGUGGCGCCAGCCGUGGCCCCCUGAGUCUCACCCCGGCGCGCUCCGAGGAGGGCGAGCUGGAGAAGUUCCCGGUCGAGCUGCUCCGCCACACCUGCGAGAGCAGCGCCGUGGAGGUGGCGCCCGAGGCGCGGAGCACCAUCGACGGCCGGCGCCAGGCGGACAAGCGCCUCCGCAGCAGGCAAGAUUGGGUGUGGGUGUGUGGGUGUGCAUUGGCAUCAAUAUUAAUCAUUACUGCUUUGUUAAAGGCUCUUCCAGGAAAAAUCAACCCGGAGGUUGUUCUGGAUUUACAAGGGAAUCAUGCAUCCUACAAGGUAUGCUUUACUGAGGCUGGCUCUUUCCGUUGCUGUUAUACCGAUCUCAUAUUUGAGGUGAGGGGAGCUGUGACCAUCACAUACCAAUUUGACUCAUGGCCUAAACACCUGAACAGGAGGGAUGCAUGGAAGUUGAUGGUUGCCGGCCCUUUGCUCAACAUCCAAGCAGAUCCAGUCGAGUCUGUGUCAGCUAUUCAACUCCCUCACUUCUUGUGUCUUGCAGGUAAAAAGGGUUCCCAAGUCCGCAUAGCACAUUUUGUCGGUAGGAUGAUGUGUCUGCAGAAGCCAGCCAGAGUGGGACCACUUCAUGCUGUGUUGGAAAACCCCAAGUUAUCUCCCUGUGGAGCAGUUUUCAAAAAGUUUUGGUUUAAGCAAAAGAUAAAGGUGCACGCUGUGGCCCUGCUCUAUGAAAAGCUGGAAAACUCUGCUCCAAAAUUCCACCUGUACCUCCUCCCCAAUGACUCUUCCUUUAAAAAGGCUGUCCAUGAGUAUGAAGUGAAGUGCCAUUCACGAAAAAUGCAAAAAAAUCCUGUGACCAUGAAACCUCUUAAGAUUGGCUCUCGCUUCUUUGUGCAGAAGUUAGAUGAUGUCACAAUCUAUCCAAAGGAACUGAAGUUAAACUACCUGAAUGCAGACAUGAAACAGCAGUACAUUGAACUGUGUGCUCAGCACAUGCAGGAUGAACUGGAGCUCAACCUGAUAAAUAAGAAGGAUGAACUUGUGUGGAAGGCCUGUGUGCGACACGAUGAGUUGACUUCUUCUGUUCUGCCCCCAGCACAAGAAGACUUGACGCCUUCUGUUUUCCACUCAGUACAAGAUGCUCCUCCAUCCAGCUCCUCUGACUGCCAUUUCAUUGAACAGUAUCGGGAACAGCUGAUCCAGCGCACCACCAACGUUGCAGCAGUCCUGGAUAUGCUGCACGGCCAAAUCCUGGAUGAAGAACAGUACCAAAAAAUCUCUUCAAGGGAAACUAACCAAGAAAAAAUGAGGGAACUUUACACGCUGGUGCCUGGCUGGAACCACUAUUGCAAGGAUCAGCUCUACAAGGCAUUGAAGGCCAAAAACAGGUUCCUUAUUGCUGACCUUGAAUGGAAGCCUACCCGCUCUAUGAAGAAUUCAGCGAUAUCCUUCCCACCCGACCCUUCCCUCAAGGCCCUCAACCGGGCUGUCCUAAACGCCAUCGGGCGCCUUCGGCGGGCUCUGGAGUCCCAGUUCCCCGGGCAGCACUUCGGCAGAGGCCGGGAAGGAGAGCCCCGAGGAGCCCUUCCGCGCGCCGAAGGCAGAGGCGGGAGAGGAGAAGGAAAUUCUCGAGAGGAAGGAGCCCCAGUCGCAACAAGGCUGGCGCCCCCGACGCGAGGAGCCUCCACCAAGCCCCGCCUCCUCCCUUCCGGAGGACAGAAAGCGAAAGCGGAAGCUGUUAGAGCAGAGGAGCUUCCUCAGACGGGAGGAAAGCGAAAGAGCGCCAUGGCGAGGAGCGCGGAGGACCGCCUGCUGGUCUGCCUGGAGAACUUGAACGAGGACGAGCUGAGGAGGUUCAAGGCCAAGCUGAACAGGUUCCCCAUCUCCAAGGGCUACGACAACAUCCCACGAGGGCGGCUGCAGAAGGCGGAUGCGCUGGACCUCAAAGAUCUGCUCAUCAGCUUCUACGCCGAGGAGUACGCCGUGAAGCUGACCGCCAAGGUGCUGAAAGCCAUCAACUGCAAGGACCGCGCCGAGGAGCUCCUGGCAGCCACUGGGAAAAGGCUCAGGAUGCCUUGCAAGGGCCAGGGGAAGAAGGUGCCGUCGGCGCAGGCAGCCGGGACAGGACGCGCACCCCAGAGAGGACGCACAGCCACGAGAGGACACGCAGCCCCCCCAGGAUCGGGCGCUGCCCAGAGAGGAGGCGCAACCCACCGAGGAUCGGGCGCAGCCCAGAGAGGACACGCAGCCCCCCGAGGAUCGGUCGCAGCCGAGAGAGGAGGCGCAACCCACCGAGGAUCGGGCGCAGCCCAGAGAGGACACGCAGCCGCCCCAGGAUCGGGCGCUGCCCAGAGAGGAGGCGCAACCCACCGAGGAUCGGGCGCAGCCCAGAGAGGACACGCAGCCCCCCGAGGAUCGGGCGCAGCCCAGAGAGGACGCGCAGCCCCCCGAGGAUCGGUCGCAGCCCAAAGUGGAGGCGCAGCCCCCGGAGGAUCGCUCGCAGCCCAGAGUGGAGGCGUAGCCCCCGGAGGACCGCUCACAGCCCAGAGUGCUUUCUGGCUAGCCAUUUAGCUUUGGCCCUGGCAGCUGUGGAUACUAAGGAUCGCGAGGGGGGGGGUCUGGAGGGGAGCCAAACUUUUGCCUCGUCCCGAGUUCGGCGAGUUGCCGCGAAAUGAGAUACUCCGGUGGUUUAAAGCGGCAGUAGAGUAAAGGUGGUUGAGGUUCAUUAGCGAUUUUGCUACAUUUUGGGGAAGGGGGACGACUUAGCAAAACUGGGGAGUGGGCACUUCCACUGAAAGCCUCGUCUUGCCGCAUAACUGCCCUUUCGCUUCUCUCUCUAUCUCAUUUUGUAACUGAACCAGGAAAACCACAACACAAUGGCAGGAAAUUGCCUACGUCACACAGUUUCCUAUGUAAUUUUCUUAACCUGUCACCAAGCAAUUACUGGCUAAACUGGCCUACUGCGCAAUUGUUGUCGUUGUUGUUUUAUUAUUAUUGCAAUAACAACAUAAGGGCUCAGGGUCCCUUCCAAAUCUAUAGUU